AGGAGCCCCCAGACCCUGGUGGAGGUGACCUCCUUUGCCGCCAUCAACAAGUUCCAGCCCUUCAACGUUGCCAUUUCCAGCAAUGUCCUCCUGCUCCUGGAUUUCCACAGCCACCUGACGCGGAGCGAAGUGGUGGGGGACCUGGGUGGGCGUGGUAACGGCUUCCAGCCCUGCCUGGCCCUCAUCUGCGGACCCUACUAUCAUGGCAACUCCGGCAUGGAGUCCAAAAUCGCUCCUUUCUGGGUGAUGCCACCACCAGAGCAACGGCCCAACGACUACGGCAUCCCCAUGGAAGUGGAGGUGGCCUACAUCCAGGACGGCUUCCUCACCAAUGAUGUCCUGCAGGAGAUGACGCUGCUGGUGGAGUUUUACAAGGGAGCCCCCGACCUGGUGAAGUUUCAGGAGCUGUGGAGCCAGGAUCAGACCUACCUGGACAAACUGAAGGGUUCCCUGGCCUCCCGCACCCCCAAAGACCAGAGCUUCGCCCCCGUCCUGGAGCAGAUCUACGGCCUCCUCAAGCUCAGCAGCUGA